AUGGGGACAGGUAAGAAAGAGGCCAACAGGCGAAUUCGCCAAGGGAAAACUGGAGAUGGCCUUGCAAAUGUUCGCGUCAAGGGUGAGAACUUCUAUCGCAAUGCGAAGAAAGUCAAGACCUUGAAUAUGUACAAGGAGGGGAAAGCGCAGAGAAAUUCGGAAGGGAAAAUCACGAAGGCAGCUUCUUUCCAGUCCCGAGAUGUCCCAGAUGCUCGAAUCGAGCCGAACCGAAAGUGGUUCACAAAUACUCGUGUUGUGUCGCAGGACACACUCAAGGCAUUCCGUGAUGCCAUGGCAGAGAAGGCAAAUGAUCCAUAUCAGGUCCUCCUAAAAUCAAAUAAACUUCCCAUGAGCCUCAUCCGAGAUGGUCAAGAUGCUAAGGGGAUCAAGCAACAUGAUGCUAAAGUGGCGGUGGAAACAUCACCUUUUGCAGAGGUAUUCGGUCCAAAGGCGCAGCGCAAACGAGUCAAGCUUAAUGUUAGCAGUCUGACAGAUCUCGCCGGAGAUACUGAGAAGAGUAUGGACACAUACGAAGUCCGUUUAGAGCAAGCUAGACUGCUGAGCGGAAUAUCAGGCCAGGAUGAAGAGGAGCGACAGGUGGCGAUGGCAAUUGAGCCUGUCUUCGACAAAGGCCAGAGCAAACGAAUUUGGAAUGAGCUGUACAAGGUCAUUGAUUCCUCCGACGUGGUCAUUCACGUCCUUGAUGCUCGUGACCCAGUGGGAACCCGUUGCCACAGCAUCGAGAAGUAUCUCAAAGAAGAGGCGCCACACAAGCAUUUGAUUUUCGUACUGAACAAGUGUGAUCUUGUUCCUACCAGCGUCGCUGCCUCCUGGGUUCGAAAUCUAUCUAGGGAAUACCCCACAUUAGCCUUCCAUGCUAGCAUCAACAACUCGUUCGGCAAAGGAUCCCUAAUUCAGUUGUUGAGACAGUUUUCCUCUUUACACGCAGACAGGAAACAAAUUUCUGUUGGACUAAUUGGAGGGCCAAACACCGGCAAAUCGUCCAUCAUUAAUACGCUUUUGAAAAAAAAAGUCUGCGCAGUGGCCCCAAUUCCUGGGGAGACCAAAGUCUGGCAAUAUGUAAGCCUGAUGAAGAGAAUUUACCUUAUUGAUUGCCCAGGUGUGGUCCCUCCGUCUAGUACCGAUACUCCCACCGACCUCGUUCUACGUGGUGUUGUCCGGGUCGAGAAGGUAGAGCAUCCGGAGCAAUACAUCACUGCUGUCCUGGACAAGGUGAAGCGCCAUCAUAUGGAGAAGACGUACGAUCUUAAGGGAUGGACCAACGCGGUUGAACUUCUUGAGCUCCUUGCCAGGAAAAGUGGCCGUCUUCUUCGCGGAGGGGAACCCGAUUUAGAUGGCGUUGCUAAAAUGGUCUUGAACGAUUUUAUGAGGGGCAAAAUUCCUUGGUUUACACCUGCCCCGUCUAGAAACACUGAUGACAAUGGCGUCACCGACCGUGACGGGCGGCUCGGCGAGAUGCCAAAGAAACGUGACCUGGAAGAUGCCGGCGAUACUUCCAACUCCGUUUCCGCGAAAACAGCUGCUAAUCAGCCGGGAAGCGGGAGGGGUUACGACCGUGAAGAGGUCUUUGAAGGAUUCAGCAGCGACUACGAUGCUCCGUCACCGACGGACCUGAAGGAUGGUUCGUGUGUUGCAUCGUCUAGUCCCAGUACAUCAACAAGCAAACGACGCAGAAAAACAUGA